AUGCUUGCGAUGAGGCCCGCUACAAGUUCACUUUCUAGCCUUGAGCUGCCUCGGUGCGAGCAGGUGGGAUGCACGGAAGAUGUCCCAGAUUUCCUGCGACGCCGCGAGGAAGCUGAAGAGAACGUAGAGGAAAAAUGGCGAGCAGCAAGUUCCGGCGAAGCGCCAAGGACGCGCAGCCGAACGGCCCAGGACUCAAAGCAGACCAAGUCUGAGAAGAAUGCAAAGCAAGCCGGGGAUUUGAGCCAAGCUUCGGCGAUGAAGCUUGAGGUGAGUGACAGCUCCUGGGCAGCACAAAUGGCCCGAAGAAAGGCCCUGAGCAAAGAAAGCUCGGAUGAUUCUUUUGUUAAAAACAUGAGAUCCAUUCUCAACAAGCUCACUGUUGAGAAGUUCGAUACCCUGUCGGAUCAAAUCAUCGAAUUGGUUUCGCAGUCGGACCGUCCAAACCGUGGAAUUCCAUUGCUUAUGCAAUUGGUCUUUGAGAAGGCCACCACCCAGCACCACUUCAUCAACAUGUAUGUGGGCUUGUGUGUCAAGCUACACAAGUGGCUUACGGAAAAUGAUCAUAUCGACGGUGCUGAGUCGCAAAGCAACUUCAAGCGCGUGCUUCUGAAUCAAUGUCAAUCUUCCUUCGAGCAGUACUUGGAGCCUCCCGAGGGCUUUGAUGGUCUGACAGGGGAUGACCUUUACGAGGCUCAGGUCAAGUACAAGACGAAGAUGUUGGGAAACAUCCGGCUAGUUGGUGAGCUCAUUCGGCACGGGAUGCUUGCGCCAAAGAUCGCCAUCGCCGUGGCAUCAGAGCUUGCUAGAGAUGAUCCUGCAGUGCGCAGCGAGCGCCUGGAAACUCUAGCAACCUUCUUGGAGACGGUGGGUGUCGCCCUUGAUGAUCCCAGUUGGAAGCAUCACCACGAGCUCGAGCUGGUUUUCGAGCAGGUCACUCGCUGUGCCUGUUCGGACGACCAGACGGUGCCUCGACGCGUCCGCUGCCUUCUUCAGGACGUGCUUGACCUGCGAUACGGCGGAUGGAAGUCGAAACGGCGGAAAGACCUCAGCAAGGAAACGCCGCAGACGCUUGCGCAAGUUCAUGAGAAGGCAAAAGCAGACCAAGCCCCUAGACGGGAUACCGGCAAAAGCUUGCCCUGCAGAGCAGAGGCUGAAGUCGCGUCUUCUCCAUCUUGGAGCAUCAGGGAUCUUGGAAGACAGCCGUGA